GAUUUAUGGGACCUGGAGCUACCAUCUGUGCUGGGCCUCUCCCAUCCGAGAUGCCUGGAAGGUGGGGCCACCCCGGAGCCAGAUGAUAGUCCAAUACAAACUGAAGAUGAGCCGAUUCUUUCGCCCAGCCUUCCUGAGAUCACCGUUGAGAUCAAUGCUGAAUCCUCCGACUUGUCCCCACACACGCCCCCUAGCAUGGCACCGGCCACUUGGGGAGAUAUCUGGAACACCACAGCCAGGGACCUCUCAUAUACCUUGAAUCUUUCCUUCGGUGAAACACCGCAAGCAUUGGAUGACAAUGUGCCGUUGGAGGUCCUGUCACAACGACUCUGCAUGCAGCGCAGUUGCACGAUGGCGGAUAUGAUGCGGCUGUGCGAGCUAUUGCCACACGAUCGAGCCCCGAAGCGGCGUCGGCUAUCUACAUCGGAUGGAGAUACAGGACUAGUGCAGCGCACCUUUUCAGUUGGAGCUUUUGCCAUUGGUGGUGGAAUCGUGGGGGUACAGCUUCAUACUUACAACUUUCCCUGGACUACACGCCUUUUGACCGCCUUGGUCAACGACUGUGACCCUCGUCACAAGUACAGCAGUUGCACAGUCCUCUUGAAUGUCCUCCACUAUAAGCAUCAGGAUCACUCGAACGAGCCCGGAACCAUGAACCUGCUCAUACCUUGCAGCCGCUGGCAAGGUGGGCAGGUCUGGAUGGCUAAUUCUGAUGGUUCUGUGCACCUUGACCAACGCUCAGGUCCGGGUAUCCUUCGGGUCGUUGAGCCACCGGGCAUCACACUUGACCCGCACAUCGCACACGCUACCUUUCCAUGGCGUGCUGGUCACAGACUACUGGUGGUGGCGCAUCAUGCACGUGGAGUUGGCCGCCUUACGGCACGCGAGCGUGGACACUUGGAGUGGGCAGGUUUUUACUUGAACGAUCCGUGA